UGCUGCAGGUUAAUUAUUGAUCAAACAAUAUCACACAAGGUGCAGCAGCUGACCUUUGACCUGUGAGCUUCAGACUCUUUGCUGGUGUGAAGUGUUUAAUGUGACUUCAGCCUGCAGACACAGAGGACUGAUGAAGCAGAAGAUUGUCUCUGUUUCUACACAGACCUGGUCCAGACAGCAGAGCUGCAGAGUGAAGACGUUCGUGGGAAGAAGCUGAGUAAGUGCAACGUCCUCUUUGAAUCCUGGAUCAGGAAGUGAAGCCGACUAACUCCACCCUGACAUCAAGAAGAUGGAGGAAGAGGAUGGAGCAGGAUCUGCAGCAUCCAGCUGUGUGUCUGUGAGGAGUGACCGGUCCAAAGGAAGACCUCUAAACUUCAGUAAUGAACCUGCAUCAACAAUAGCUUCUGCACAGUGUGGAGAAAGAUCCAGAAGCAGAGCUGGACUGCAGACAGCCAGUCAGAGCAGCUGUGUACAAACAGAUGUUGGUCUGCAGGAGGUUUUAGAUGAACAUAAGAUCAGUCUGAGGAGGAGAUGUGAACGUGUGACUGAAGGAAGUGAUGAAACAGGAAGUAGAAGCCUCCUCAACUGCAUCUACACUGAGCUCUACAUCACAGAGGGACAGAGUGAAGAGGUUCAUACCCAACAUGAGGUGAGGCAGCUGGAGACAGCUUCCAAGAUGGACGCCCUCCAUGACGCUCCAAUCAGGUGCCAGGACAUCUUUAAAGCCUUACCUGACCAACAGAGACCCAUCAGAGUGGUUCUGACCAACGGCGUGGCUGGUGUUGGAAAAACCUUCUCAGUGCAGAAGUUCACUCUGGACUGGGCAGAGGGCUUGGAGAACCAACAUGUCAGUGUGGUGGUUCUGCUUUCAUUCAGGGAGCUGAACCUGAUCAGAGAUGAGCAGUACAGUCUUCUGGAGCUGCUCCAUGUUUUCCAUCCAACAUUACAGAAGGUCACAGCAGAGAAGCUGGCUGUCUCUCAGCUUUUGUUCAUCUUUGACGGCCUGGAUGAAAGCAGACUUUCAUUGGAUUUCACCAACAGGAAGCUGCUGUCUGAUGUCACACAGAAGUCAUCAGUCAGCCAGCUGCUGACAAACCUCAUCCAGGGGAAUCUGCUUCCCUCGGCUCUCGUCUGGAUAACUUCCCGACCUGCAGCAGCCAAUCAGAUCCCUCCUACAUGUGUCGACAGGCUAACAGAAGUACGAGGCUUCACUGACGCCCAGAAGGAGGAGUACUUCAGGAGGAGAUUCAGUGAUGAAGAGCUGUCCAGCAGAAUCAUCUCCCACAUGAAGACAUCCAGGAGCCUCCACAUCAUGUGUAGUAUCCCAGUCUUCUGCUGGAUCACUGCUACAGUUCUGGAGCACAUGUUGACUACAGAGCAGAGAGGAGAGCUGCCCAAGACCCUGACUGACAUGUACUCACACUUCCUGCUGGUUCAGACAAAGAGGAAGAAGAACAAGUACCAUGAGGGACAUGAGACAAGUCCACAGGAGCUGACGGAGGCUGACAGGGAAGUUCUUCUGAAGCUGGGGAGGCUGGCGUUUGAACAUCUGGAGAAAGGAAACAUCAUGUUCUACCAAGAAGACCUGGAGCAGUGUGGUCUGGAUGUGACAGAGGCCUCGGUGUACUCAGGAGUUUGUACAGAGAUCUUCAAAAGAGAGUGUGUGAUCUUCCAGAAACCAGUCUACUGCUUUGUUCAUCUGAGCAUUCAGGAGUUUCUGGCUGCUGUCUACAUGUUCCACUGUCACACCAACAGGAAGAAAGAGGUGCUGAGGAACCUUCUGGGACAAACUUAUUGGAAAUCAUCUGUGGAUGAUUUCCUGAACAAAGCCAUGUAUAAAUCCCUCCAGAGUAAAAAUGGCCACCUGGACCUGUUUGUUCGCUUCCUUCAUGGCCUCUGUCUGGAGUCCAACCAGAGACUCUUAGUAGGUCUGCUGGGUCAGACAGAGAUCAGUCCAGAAACCAUCCUGAGAGUCAUUAAGAACCUGAAGAAGAUGAGCGGUGAUGAAAUCUCUCCUGACAGAAGCAUCAACAUCUUCCACUGUCUGAUGGAGAUGAACGACCUCUCAUUAUUUCAGGAGAUCCAAGAGUUCCUGAAGUCAGAGAACAGAUCAAAGAAAGAACUCUCUGAGAUCCAGUGCUCAGCUCUGGCCUUCAUGCUGCAGAUGUCAGAGGAGGUUCUGGAUGAGUUGGACCUGCUGAAGUACAAAACAUCAGAGCGGGGACGACAGAGACUGAUUCCAGCUGUGAGGAACUGCAGAAAGGCUCGACUGACUCAGUGUCGACUCUCAGAGUCUCACUGUGAAGUUGUGGCCUCAGCUCUGAAGUCCAACCCCUCCCAUCUGACAGAGCUGGACAUGAGUGAGAACAAGCUGCAGGAUUCAGGGAUGAAGCUUCUGUGUGCUGGACUGGAGAGUCCAAACUGUCCUGUAGCUGAGUUUGGGAGAGACUAA